GGUGGCUAUGAAAACAAGUAUCGGACGCCACCACUCGUGCCUGAAGGGCGCCAAUUGCCAAAUGCUUACGUAAGUACUCGAAGCGAAUAUUCAGACAUGUUACUCAAAGGAAGUACCCGCAGGGUCGAAGACUCCGAUAACGGGCGUUGAGAUAGCCGUGACUAAUUGUCCGGAGCUAUCGUCGCCGAUGCGGGCGGUUUUCUUGCGGGCGGAAAAAUAUCGAUCGCUCGGCACACACCUGUUCGACGUGGAACACAAUGGGGACUCGCACCUGCCACAACCGCGCGCGCCGCCGCCACCACCACACGCAGCGAGGGAGGGGCGCGCUGACCGCCGCGACGUCACUCCGUCCGCGAUCGAUCGCCGUCCGGCAUCUUGGACUACACCACUCAAAGCUCCUCAUCUUCUUCAGGGCCGACGAGCGAUGUAGUGACACACCAUGCAUAUAACGUCAGGACUGUCGCCGGCGUCCGGCGAAAUGCUGGACACAUCUGCGCUGAAUUUCUACGGAGAUGCGGGGGAUCAAUGCGGCGUGACUUACUUCGCAGCGGAUCACGCGGUGCCCGAGUCCUCGCACACCGUUGAAAUUGAAUACGUGUACGAACAACCAGAAGCCUACGCUCAAAAUGACCUCGCAACAGAUUUAAACUUGCCUCAAAUCGAAACGGCUGCUGCGAAACCUGCAGAUCAAGAUGAAUCUUUGAAAAAGAUUCGAACGAAACACAAGCCCGAGAAGCCACCGAUCGAAGACAGUGAAACUGAUCUGACGAACCUGACAUGGCUUCAAAAUAUAACAAAUAUUAUGUCAAUUCCUCAGUUCCCUAUUCCGCCGGUGUCGCCGAGUCCCCCUGUGAAAGUUCCACCGCAAAACACGAGGCUGCAGAAGUUCAAUCAAACGAUAGCGAAGUGCCAGAAGGACUUUACGGAGAACAAGCACGAGUAUCAAAACAAUAGUGAGAAGAAGCCGCCGUAUUCCUACAGCACGCUCAUUUGCAUGGCGAUGAGGUAUAACAACGACAAGAUGACACUUUCGGCGAUAUAUUCUUGGAUAAGGGAAAAUUUCAAGUACUACAGGAACGCAGACCCCACUUGGCAGAAUUCAAUCAGGCAUAACUUAUCGCUGAACAAAGUGUUCGUGAAAGUGGCUCGCUCCAAACAUGAGCCAGGCAAGGGCGGCUUUUGGAAGCUGGAUCUUGGGCACUUGGAAGGCACAAAGCGCAUAUCAAACCGACCACAUAAGAAGAAGAAGUCCAACGCAGCUGCAGGACCAAAAGAAACGCCCAAUGAAGACGGAAUCGCCGUAGCGAAUAUACCUCAGGCUAAGACAAUAGAAAUAGUCGAGGCGAUGGUAACCGACGUGGACAAUUCUGUCACCUUGCAUCUACCGGAUUUUAACCUAGGAAGCAUCCAGUCCAUAUCGAAUAUAGACUUGGAAACCAAUAUAGGGGCAAAUGUGAUUGUGGAGCCUGUCGCUCCUUCGCCCCUGAUACCUGAAGAUGACCUGUCCUCUCUCCUCCUCAACCCUACGGACUGGGAUGACCUGCAGCUGGAUAUGUUGGACAACUACCUGGAUUCGUGUUUCAAGUAAGUUUGUGAUUUCCUAGUUUUUUGCAUGAUUGAUAAAUGUGUAGGACUACAGAUAGAGACAAAACUAUUAGUAUCUAACGUUAAACGAGUAGGUAUUUGUAAUAUCCUCAUAAACUUAGGGUUUCUGUUUUUAACAAUCAGUAAAUUGUAGCAUUGUUUACUUACAUCAAUAGUUAGAGCACAAAGAAAAAAACCGAUACCGAAUACUGAAUUUCUAUUGUAAUAAAUAACUAACGAGUAACAUUAUAAAACAUAGUUUGUGAAUCUGUUUCGUAGUAUCAUUUACAACGUUUAUUUUUAUAAUUCUUAAGUGUAUUAUAGUAACCGAAUAGUCUAGUCACAAAAUGCGAAAGAUGUAACGUAAAUUAAUAUUAAUUUAUUUUUGUUAUUUUAGUAGAGUUUAAGGCGAUAGGAGUUUGUGCACUAUUUAGUAUAAUUUAAGGGCGUUUAUUGUAACAGUAUUAAAUACUUCGUUAUUGUUACAUUUUGCUCAAUAAAAUGGCUCAAAAUUCAAAAGCAAGUUAACAUAAAUAACAGUAUUAUUUGAAAAAAUAUUUUAU